UUUUAUCACUCAUUUUUAUCUCUCAUUACGGAAGAUUAUUUUUUACAAAGAAGGUUACGUUCACCACAGCCGAUCGUCGUAAUUUCAGUCGUAAAGUCCAGUAAAUCUCAGAUCUCUCCCCACCUUUGGGCCUGACGAAAACAAACGAAUCGACCAACCAGAGGGCGAUCGGUUGUUCCCGCGCGCUAAGCCAGUGGGCUCAUCCGCGUGAUCGCGUCCUGGAGUGCAGGAGGUUUCUUGGUAGCCGCCAUGUUGUUAGUGCUCAACUCGAACGUGAGUUCAUCUUGGAUGUGUUGCAGCGGAGCCGGCAUUUACGUGGCUAUGGCUCGACAGAGUCUCCCUACUUGACUACUUUACCGAGGGGAGUUCUCGGCUCUAACAACACCAGGAAACCAUACAAAAGGAAUCUAAAUUUCAAGCGAACAGUAAACGCGAGACUUCUCAAGCUUCGUGGGGAACUUUCGAUCGGUUAGUUCAGACGAUAUACGAUUUUUUUCUUCGGAUAAAAUUCGUCUCUUUUGAAGCAACGACGAAGACGUUCCUCUCGAGAAAUCGGUGCCCCCUUGAAAAAGAUACGGCACUGUGCACUCUCACGGUGAAAUGCGGCCCCGCGUCUCGAGGGCCAGCUUGUGCACCGUUGAACGCGGCACUAUCCACACACAAGUUUCUCUGUGAUCUUAGAUAAAAUAAGUGCUAAUAUAUAUAUAAAUGUUUAAGAGUGCAGCGUUCGAAGACGUAUUAAAACUAGUUAAAGAAGAAAGAGAGGGAGAGAGAGAGAGAGAGAGAGAGAGAAGGAAUCAACGAGAGAAUGCAGUAUCGUGAAGGUCGAGUGAGUGACAGAUGGCACGCGAAGGUAGUACCAGGAGAUUGUGAGAGUUCGUGCUUGCGCACCGAUGCAACGAGGAAGGCGGUUCUUUGAGUCGAUGCUGCGUGUCGUAUUCAGAAGCUCGGCCGCGCCUUAAGCGUUUACAAUGACGUUGAUAUCGCGAGGAUAAGAAAAAAAGAAGCAAGAAGAAAAGGGUACGGUAAGAGGAAUUAAGAACGUUGUUAGUGUGUAGUAUGUGCGAAUUCGACGCGAGAAGAAACGAAAGAAGAAGAAGAAGACGAAGAAGACGAAGGGGUAAACUCGAGAGGGGUCUCCUCCUCUCGUGUAGGUAGUAGUAGGUCUGUGGACAUACCGAUCGAGUGAGUGAGAUAGAUACAGAGAGAGGGGAAAAGAUAGAGAGAGGCCAGUUAGUCUGACUGACCCAGAUUUUCGUGGUUCGGACGAGACGAGGGAAAAGAAAAGACAGCAGGAGGAGACGCGGACUAUCUGAAAUGGGCCACGACGCAGCCUGGAGCUAAAUUAGCCGCGAUGUCCAAUAAGAGUAAGACUCAGCCGCAGCAGCAGCAGCGUCCAUCGCACGUGAUCAAGCCAGUGGAUCAGGUGCCACCGCGGUAUCAACCGCCGCCGCAACCUACCAGCGGCAUCCUGAAGAAUCAUCCACACUUUAGCAGUACCACUACAGUACCACCACCACCACUAUCGACAGUCAACACGGUACUUCAAAACACCGGUCAGGGUACGGCCUCGACCUUGACUCAUCAUCAUCAUCAUCAUCACCAUCAGCAACAUCAGCAGACGACGCAAGCAAGAAACGCGUCUCAGCAGAAGGAUGCCCAAGGCAAAUACUCGCCAAGGAUAGAACACAGGCAUCAUCCACAAGGUGCUGCUGCUACUGCUAAUCUCUUAACGGCUGCGGCCUCGACCACGGCUUCUGCCAAAAGUCAGGCUUAUCUUCAAACUAAGAUCGGACAAGGACAAUAUCUCCCACCUAACAGUCAGUAUCCUACCAUCAGUAGCAGUAGUAGUGCUAGCAAUCAACCUGUACCGAGCAGACAGAGGAUCACCGACGAGGAGUUCCUUAGACUCGGUCCUGUGGAGAUGCUCAAGUUUGUACGAAAGACAGAGAGUGACAUCGCACGGCUAGCUGCCGAGCAGAAUCGUCAAAUACAAAGCUUGCUCAGUGAGCUUCGUGCGCUGAAGGAGGCCAACCAAAGACUCAGCGACGACAAUCAGGAGUUACGCGAUCUUUGCUGUUUCCUGGACGAUGACCGGCAAAAGGGUCGGAAGCUGGCAAGAGAAUGGCAAAGAUUUGGUAGGUACACAGCCAGCGUUAUGCGACAGGAAGUAUCAGCUUACCAGAAUAAAUUGCGGCAACUGGACAACAAGCAGCAGGAGUUGAUAAAGGAUAAUCUGGAACUGAAGGAGCUCUGCCUGUAUUUGGACGAGGAACGAGGAGGGGUUCAGAGGGACGACGGGGAUGGAUCGAGUUCGAGUACGAAUGCGGAGGAAACCGCACCACCGAGGCCGAGACACACUUCUACAUUUAACGACCAAACUAUGCAAUAUGUAAGAAGUUUGGAGCAACGUGUUAAACAGUUGGAGGAAGACAAAAGUGUUCUACAGGCAAGAGCUAGAGGAUGGGAAGCAUUGCCAGGUGAAGUCUGGGAAAAUCCAAACAGUCCAAGUGACAAUUCUCAUAUUGGAAGUAGACCUGAGGCUGUCGUACGAGCUCUUCAAGUUCUCGAAGUUAGAGAACAGUUGGAAAGAGAAGGUGGACAUGACGGCGAGAAGGCUUUAGUUCGAGAGAUGUGUAAUGUUGUAUGGCGUAAGUUGGAAGAAGGGCCGCAAACAAGGCAUUAGAAAAGGUUCUAAAAGUGCAAAUUUAUCGAUUACGAUAUUAGAAAUAUUUUUACGCAAUAUUCCAACGCCUAUGGCGUGUCAAUAGUAUUAUAAUAGUUAAUAUGGCCAAUGUGUUAUGUAUUUUAUAGAUUUAUAUAUAUAUAUUAUAUAUAUGAUGAUGUAUAUGUUUACAUAUGGAUUCGUUCCAAGUGAAAGCGUUGUAUUAUUAUAGCGAUAAUAUCGAUCUAUUUAUGUAAAACUUGUAGUGCCGUUGGCUUGCCUAGAUCGACUGUUAAUAAACUCUAUUUUUAUUAA